UAAAAAGGAUAUGGGAUGAUCUAAACGAUGAGAAAAAGUUUCUCCUCGAAGAUGAAUACACACAGAUGCAUGAAGAUUGGUUAUAUCUAUUAAAGGAUGAAUUGGUUAGUGAUUAUUAUCUAAACAUAAAAAGACAAAUUGCUUCUAUCGAAAGUAGAGGUAUCGAUGUACUUCCACAGAGAAAUCUUAGAUUCCGCUGUUUUAAGACACCUCCAUCUGAUAUCUCCGUGGUAAUUGUUGGUCAGGAUCCAUACCCAAAUGAUGCAGAUGGCCUGGCAUUCAGUUCUGAGACUAUCAAGCCGUCACUUAAUAAGAUAUUUAAUUUAUUGGAAUGGGAUAUAGAGGACAUGAAAUGGUCUAGACCUAAAAUAGGUUUCUUGGAAAAGUGGUCAAAAAAUGUAUUACUUUUAAACUCGAUCUUGACAGUGGAAAGAGGAAAAUCUGGUUCGCAUAAUAGAUUGGGAUGGCAGAAAUUUACUGAUAAGAUUAUUAAGUUAGUAGGUGAUAAACGGGAAGUCGUAACAAUCCUAUGGGGUAAAUAUGCAAAGGAAAAGGCCAGUUUGGUAAGGAACGGUCAUGUAAUCAAGUCUGGGCAUCCAUCGCCUCUGAAUAGGGAUAGGUCAUUUGACAAUUCGAGAUGUUUUUCAUUGGCAAAUGAAUAUUUAAAAAAAGUGAACAAGAAG